AUGCGGGGCUGCAGUCCUGAGGUUAUCAAGACAGUACCACUGCUGAUCUACAGACGUGAACCACUGGCUCUUAUCAACAUCAAAAAGAAAAAUGAAGAAACUGGGGAAGAAGAACUUGCCUCACGCUUAGAUCACUGCAAAGCAAAAGCCACCAGGCACAUAUUCCUUAUCCGUCAUUCUCAAUAUAAUUUGGAUGGCCGGGCUGAUAAAGACAGAACUCUGACCCCACUUGGUCGAGAGCAGGCUGAACUGACUGGACACAGGCUGGCAAGCUUGGGAUUAAAAUUUGAUCAGAUUAUCCACUCCUCCAUGACCAGAGCAACUGAAACAACUGAAAUUAUAAGCAAACAUCUCCCAGGAGUCAAAAAAAUAAGUACUGAUCUGCUGAGAGAGGGAGCACCUAUAGAACCAGACCCUCCAGUCUCUCACUGGAAACCUGAAGCUGUGCAGUAUUAUGAAGAUGGAGCUCGAAUUGAGGCUGCUUUUCGAAACUUCAUUCAUAGAGCUGAUGCAAAGCAGGAAGAAGACAGCUACGAAAUCUUUGUCUGCCAUGCCAACGUCAUCCGCUAUAUUGUGUGCAGAGCAUUGCAGUUCCCUCCUGAAGGCUGGCUACGAAUGUCUCUUAACAACGGCAGUAUAACUCACUUGGUGAUACGUCCAAAUGGAAGGGUGGCGCUUCGAACACUGGGUGACACAGGUUUCAUGCCUCCAGAUAAAAUCACGCGCACCUGAAUGAGCAAAACUGACGGCUGUCCAGGAGCUGCCUCUAGUCUCUUUGCACUAGUACAUUCAGCUACAGUACCACUAGAUUUUUAUUGGUUAUGUUGGGGUGUGAUGCUGUCUUAAAAAUGUCCUUUAGCCCCUUGCCUCCUUCAUACGUAUUCAUAUCUGCCUUUCAGU